AUGUGUCAGUGUUACAACCAACACAAUUUGAAGUAUGGCAUUCCUCUCCACUUUGGCGACCUUGGUAGAACUUGCGACAUAGAAAAAAACACCCACUACAUACUCUACAACACUGGUAGCAGCAGUAACAAUUACUACCUUCACAACCAUUACCACACUCACACCUGUCCCAACCCAUUUUCCCGCUCCCCUCCCACUCCCCUCAGCCUGCAAAGAUAUCAAUCACCUAACCAACGCACUCACCAACUGCAACACGUACCACUGCCGCGCCCAGUCCCCUCAGCCUGCAAACAUGUCAAUCACUCAAGCAAGAACUCACCAACUGCAACACGUACCACUGCCGCUCCCACUCCGCUCAGCCUGCAAACAUAUGAAUCACUCAAGCAACGCACUCACCAACUGCAACACGUACCGCUGCCGCUCCCACUUGCAGCCCCCUCAACCUGCAAACAUAUCAGUCAUUUAAGCAAACACUCACCAACUGCAACACUACCACUGCCGCUCCCAGUCCCCUCAACCUGCAAACAUAUAAAUCACAUAAGCAACGCACUCACUAACUGCAACACUACCACUGCCGCGCCCAGUCCCCUCAACCUGCAAACAUAUCAAUCACCUAGCAACGCACUCACCUACUGCAACACUAGCACUGCCGCUCCCAGUCCCCUCAACCUGCGAACAUAUCAGUCACCUAGCAACGCACUCACCUACUGCAACACUACCACUGCCGCGCCCACUCCCCUCAGCCUGCAAACAUAUCAAUCACUAAGCAACGCACUCACCAACUGCAACACUACCACUGCCGCUCCCACUCCCCUCAACCUGCAAACAUAUCGAUCACUCAAGCAGAACUCACCAACUGCAACACGUACCACUGCCGCUCCCACUCCCCUCAACCUGCGAACAUAUCAAUCACCUAGCAACGCACUCACAAACUGCAACACGUACCACUGCCGCUCCCAGUCCCCUCAACCUGCUAGCAUAUCAAUCACCUAA